GUUUUCGUCCUAUAACACACCCAGCAUCCUUUGACUUUCCCGCCACCAUGACCACCACCACCAUCACCACCACCAAUGUCACAAACAACAACACAGCCUGGAUCAGCUGACGCCUAGUACUGCACAACUUGGCUACUAGACAGGGCAGGCAGCGGCAUGGCAGAGGAUCGGGAGAUCCUACGGGAAGUAUGGGACGGCAGAGUGCCGGUGUGUGUGCAGCUGGCAAGUGAGGACUGCAACACUCUCAGUGCCCCUGAUCCUUACUACCUGAUGGUGCCAAGGCUUUCUUAUUUUCCUCUCGUCAUGGACAAGGUACGGAAACAUUUUCUGAGGCUCAUUUCCUCAGACCUGCAAGAGGCAGAGAUGUGGCUGGAGAGUGAUGGAAUGCCUCUUAAAUGGCACUACCCAGUAGGCGUAUUGUUUGAUCUUCAUUGUGGUGGUGCUUCACUGCCUUGGGCCCUUACUGCACACUUCUCCCACUUCCCUGAACAAGACCUCAUCCGCUGCCCACAAGGUACAGUUGUGGAGUCACACUUCAUGUCAUCUCUGAAGGAAGCAGACGGACUGAAGCACCGAGGACAGAUCAUCACAAACAUGAAGAGCAAAGACCACAAACAACUUUGGAUGGGCCUAUGCAAUGAUAAGUUUGACCAGUUCUGGGCCAUCAAUCGGAAACUGAUGGAAUCCACACCAGAGGAAGGAUUCAAGUUCAUCCCAUUCCGCCUGCAUAGCCCCUCCCAGGCCCCCAUCCAGCGGCUCAUCCGCCCACUUACCGAGGACGGCCGCAGAGUGACCCUGGCUGACCUGCUGCUGGAAUACUUGUCAGUGUCACAGGAAGGUGACCGUGUGGUGAUCCAAGGCAUUGAGGUGCCACAUGACACACCUCUGCAGUGGCUCAGCGAACACCUCAGUCACCCCGACAACUUCCUCCACAUCUGCUACAUUCCUCUCCAGUCUUAAGGGAACCACACUUUCUUGCCUCUUCAUUACUGAGAAUCUUUGACUCCACAUCGGGAAGCAUUUUAUACACUGUGAUAUGAGGCUGGUGUUCUCUCACUCGAUGCCUCUCCAAGAUGAGUACCGUUCUUUUUUCAUAUGAUUUCUGAGAUCCGUCUAGUAUUAAAUAAAUGAUUUAUUGUUAUGUGAGUAUUCAUCAUAUACAAAUUGUAUGAAUGUAUGUAUGCAAGUGCUACUGCCAGUUUUUCUCUUCCCCACCAACUGUUAACUUUGUACAAGGAUUUUUUCUGUCCAUAUAUGAGUAUUCUUCUCAUGAAGAAUACUCAUACUGCUCUCUUAAAUAGGAUGGAAUCAAAAGCUUUUUGUCUUAUCAACUCUUCUCCUCUGACUGGCUGUCUUCAACCUCUCUCUCACUGUUGUAAUGUUGCAUAUCUUGCUAUCUUCUACUGCCAUUUUCAUGCCAAAUGCUCUGGUGUCUCAGGGGUGACCUUGGUGUAACAGUUAGCAUGUGUCCCUGUCAAGGAUGGAAAUAUAUUUACCUGUCAUAUCUAA